CUACACGAUGCACGCUGGAUGGCGGAGGAAUGCCUUUCUGGCUAUUCCGCAGUCCUACUCGAUAAGAAAAGACCAUUCAUCACGAGUUCGAUUUAUACUUCUUUCACCCCAUUUCGAAUAACCGAUGAUAUUUCCGUGUCCGCUGGCGGGUCAUCUCCAUCUAGCUGCGAGGCGGAGAUGCGGAUUUCCUAAAGCGGCAUCUCCGCCAUGCAUAGCUAACUUCAACUUUGAUUCGAACCAUUUACAGCACACCUAGAGUCCAGAGAUGGGUUUCAGUAUAGUCUUUUUAUAUUAUAAAACUUCAUAAUGUUUUAGUAAUAGGUCUGUGCGGAAUGAAUACCUGUGGAUGGGUAGGAAGAAUACAUCUUUCCGCCAAACUAAGACUAUGAUGUUGUUGCUCUUCCUUCGUUGCCGAGUCGCUUCGCUUGGAGGGCGUCGUACCUUUGCAUCCGUUGCUAAUGGGCGUUUCCGAAGUUUACCUACAGUAGUGAAGGCUUCUGGUAUCGAAGCCCAGAAAGGAUUCCUAGAGGCUCGGAAUUUGGAAAAGGCGGUGGGUGCAGUGCAUAGGGAUGGCCUUGUGGUUGUUGAAGAUGUAAUUUCACACGAUGUCUUGAAUCAACUAAACAAGAAGAUGGUUCAAGACGCGCGAGUCCUACAAGGUCGAGGCGAGGAUGGGCCGUUCAAUUAUAACACGGGGAAUCUACAACAGGAUGCCCCUCCGGUCGCCGAGUUUUUCAACCCGGCGAUAUUCACAAACCCCAUAGCUACACAGAUUACAACCGCCGUGCUUGGCCCUCGUCCUAAGUGGACGUUCUGCUCAGCCAAUUCAGCCAUGCCCCCGUUACCGGGAGGAGAACCCUCACGUCAACCGGUGCACUCAGAUGCGGACUUCAAGCAUCCGGAUCACCCAUUUGCACUUGUCGUCAAUGUUCCUCUCGUCUCUAUGACGCCCGAGAACGGGUCAACUGAGAUCUGGCUCGGGACACACAACGGGACCGGUGUAGACGGACAAGAAGGGGCGCACGGCGAGCGAGCUAGCGGUCGCAUACAAGAGGACUUACUAGCUCAACGCAGAGCAAUAUGUCCCCCAUCGCAACCAGUCGUUCAAAAAGGCAGCAUCGUGAUCCGCGACCUGCGGUUAUGGCACGCUGGAAUGCCGAAUCUGAGCAAGGAGGUGCGCGUCAUGCUUGCGAUGAUCCAUUUUGCUCCUUGGUACAGGAACCCAAUGCGCCUCGAGUUUUCGGAGGAUAUCAAACCGGUGUUGGAGAAGCUGGAGAGCGAGGGACGGCUGGGCUUGGAGGUGCCGGUGGAUUGGGUUACCAGGGAAGAAGCGUUGAAGACUUAUUUGAAUAGGGGGUUUGGGAAUAGUUAUGAUUUCGACCAGACGCCUUAGAUGUCGCGAGAUUAUUUGAAAUGUUAAAUUGUACGAUUCUCAUGUUUAUGGAAAUGUUUUGAGUUGGUUAGGUUGUCUUACGUAGAACGGGAAGAAGCAUG